UAUCCAGUGCGCCUGUGAAAGUGUUAGCGUAACGGCGCAUUUCGUACCACAAACAAAUCAUUAAGAAGUGACGUCAAACACGCGCUGCGAAUGCUUGAACAAACGAGUGGCGCGACGAUCGACAACAACAAACGAACGAGCGUUCGGCAGCCGCCCACCGCGCACACAAACUAGCAUUUGUAUGUGUGUACUUGAAGAGCGCUCUCCACAUACGAAUAUAAUAUAUGUAAAAGCACCUCUUCGUAAGUUUGGUGACGAAGCGUUAAGGCAGCCAGUCGUAGUGAACGCGUAAAGAAACGAAAGUUUUUCAUUUUCUUCGCUGUUUUGGGCGGCAUAGCGCAUACAGACGAAAAGCCUUGCUUGGCGGCGUGCUAACGCUGUCGUUUCGAUUUUUCGCUUCACCAUUUUUGUGCGCGUAUCGCUCUUUACCGUUUGUUGUUUGUUUUUCGCGCAUUGCGUUGAGCACCUUUUCGCUUUUUUCCUUACACGUUUUUCGACGUUUCGCUCGGUGCUUGAACGCAGCGCAACUGACCGCACAAAGUUAGCGGCGCGGCAACAGCGCGCGAUCAGAGAAUUUCUCUAAAUAAACGCAACACGCUGGUGCAGUUCAGUAACGCGUAAAAAUUUCACUGCAACGGUUUGCUCCGCCAACGGCAACGGAUGAUGACUGAUAUGAGCGACGAUUAUAGGAAAGAAACAACUUGUUGAAAACAGUACACAUAUGCUGUGGUAGAUAAAAUUUGACAAAAAAAAAAAAAACAUAUUUAAAAAUAACUUUUUACAAUAUUCACAACAUUGCAGUGAGCAAGAGGCGAGCGCAAGAUAUAUCAGUGUUUAUUUUUUUUGUGAAAUGUGCUAAAGAAAAGUAUAGCAGUGAGUGCGUACAAGAACAGUGAGUAGCGACGCAGAAGAACACAUACGAAAGGUAUAACACGAUCGCCAAACGUGCGCUCUACUGAUCCUGGCGAAUUGUCGUCCAACUUCGUGUCAAUUUUCCGUUGCGUAUACGUCCAGGAGUGCGCUCAACGCCACACAAUACUUCUAAACAACAAAAAUAGUUUGUCAAAAAUCGUAAACAUGUCACAUCAAUGCAGUUGCGGACGCGAUCUCAACAACAACUACGUGUCCUACACAAGCGCCUACGCCAACGGCAGCUCCAGUCUGGAUCGCGAGACGAGCAGCAGCCUCUCGGGUGGCGGCAGCAAGUCAGCCAUGUCUGGCAAGACCACACAACUAACAGCGAAAGUGAUGUUCGGCACAGUGGGCGCCAUCAAGGACCUGCGCGAGAAGGAGAAGUCGCGCCAUGCGACAACGCGCGCCAGCGAUAGGCGCAACUGAGCGUUAGUGUGCAGAGACUGAAGGGGUUGUUGGCUGGGUAUUGGGUGAGCAUGCGCAAGGAUACGAAACGUGGCUAAUGGCGGUAAAGUGUUAAGUAGUUAUGGCGGCGAGUUCGUUGCAGGCAGAAGACAUAGGGUUUAAAAUGCUGUGGGACGCAGGGGCGGCAACGAGAUGUUGUGGUCUACAUACAGUGUUGUUAAGCAUUGGUGGGCGUGCAGGGGUUUGCGGCUGUUGAAAUGUAAAGCGGUUGUGCGUAGUCAACAGGUAUUCGCGCAUAUGUAUCAUCAGGCAUUACGUGGUCUGCAGCGGUGACGGCGCGAAGCUUCUGGAAAAUCCUAGCUGCAAUUGUUUCGUCGCUAUAACUUUUCAAAACACAUACUAGUAAACUGUUUAUUUGCAUGUAAGUGGGUAGUUUAAGUGUUUUGGCGCCUUGAAGGACUUUGCUCAUGCUACACUAGGAAUAAAUGUAAAUAUUUGCUAACCAAUUUAAAUUCAUAGUAACAAUUUAUACUAAGUGCACCCUGUGAAAAUUUGUAGUACAUUGGUUUUUGUUAUGCAACAAUUUACCAUAUAUACUUAUAUACAUAUCUAUGUAUAUCUGCUACAGAUAAAAUUUACAUGUUUACACCAAAACAUUGUAUAUUAUGUCUUAAUCUAAUUUAAUUUUUAAGCUAUAAUUUUAAAUUUUCAAAAAGCAAUUUUUUACAUGUGAAUUAUAGAAGAAAGUAACUGCCGUUCAAUCCAAAUUUUUAUU